AUGGCCCAACAGCAAACAGGUAGCAUGGGAAAAGCGCUCACGCCCGCGCCCCAGGAGGGCGCCUCGAGCUCGUCGUCGCAGGAUUCAGCGGCGGCGGACGGAGAGGAGCCGCUGGUGUCCAAGAAGAAGCUGCGCUCGCUAGUGCACUAUCUGAAGCGCCGCGAGGUGGGUGCGGACCCCGAGGGCUCCAAGGGCCUGCUGCGCUCCUACGCGGCGCAGAAGCUGCCCGAGCUGCUGAGGGAGCGCGAGCUGACCCUGGGCACCCUCAACAAGGUGUUCGCGUCGCAGUGGUUGAACGACAGGCAGGUGGUGUGCGGCACCAAGUGCAACACGCUCUGCGUGGUGGACGUGCAGUCAAGCCAGGUGACGCGCAUCCCGCUGAUGCGGGACCAGGGGCCGGGGCUGGCGCGCGCCCAGCCGAGUUGCGGUAUCCAUGCCAUCGAGCUGAACCCUUCCAAGACACUUCUGGCCACCGGGGGCGAGAACCCCAACAGCCUGGCUGUCUACCGGCUGCCCACCCUGGACCCCAUGUGCCUGGGAGACCGCUUCGGCCACCAGGACUGUAUCUUCGCCAUCGCCUGGAUAAGCGACACAGUGGUUGUAAGCAGUUCCCGCGACAGCACCGUGGCGCUGUGGCAGAUGGACGCCGACGUGACCAGCGGCAGCGUCGCCAGGCACAACAACGCGGGGCUCCCAGUCUACGCCCAGAUCCGCCCAAAGAACUUGGAGUCCAUCCCCAGGGCCAAUAGCAACACCAGCCGCCACAAGAUGCGGGCCCUGGCCUUCAACAGUAAUAACCAGGAGCUGGGAGCGGUGUCCCUGGACGGCUACUUCCACCUGUGGAAAGUUCGGAGCACCCUGUCCAGAGUGCUGUCCAUCAGGCUGCCCUACUGCCAUGAGAACGUGUGCCUGACUUACUGCGAUGAGUUGUCGCUCUACGCGGUGGGCUCCCAGUCUCACGUCUCCUUCCUGGAUCUGCGCAUUGGUCGCCAGAACAUCCGUCCCAUGUGCUCGCGAGAGGGCGGUGCAGGCGUUCGCUCGCUCAGCUUCUAUGAGCACCUCAUCACGGUGGGCACGGGCCAAGGUGCCCUGCUCUUCUAUGACGUCCGCGCCCAGAAGUUUCUGCAGGAGAGGGCCUCGGCCAGCGUGGACUCCCCUCCCCUGCACGCCGGGAGGAAGCUCAGGCUCACAUGUGGCAGAGGUUGGCUCAACCAUGAUGACCUGUGGGUGAACUACUUCGGUGGAGCCAGCAACUUGCCCAACGCGCUCUACACCCACUGUUACAACUGGCCCGAGAUGAAGCUCUUCGUGGCUGGGGGUCCUCUGCCCUCCGGCCUCCACGGGAACUAUGCAGGCCUCUGGAGCUGA